ACGAUUAAUUGCAUUUGCGAUAAUAUCGCGAUGUGAUAAAACGAGAUUUUCUAACCGCAAAGGCUGCGAUUUGACUGGUCACGUGAUCUGAUCAUGUAAAGGCUGAUUUAUGGUUCCGCGUUAUGCGUGCGCGUCGCCGCGUAACCUACGGCGUAGGCUACGCCGUCGAUUUAAGGCGGAACCAUAAAUCAGGCUUGACGCACGAGGGAGCAGAGUGGGAAGGCAGAGCCGGGAGAGAAAAAAAGUCAACGUCGCCGCGUACAUAUUUACAAUGGCCUCCGGCUCUGCAGAAGCUGACACAGCGGAAAGCUUGGUACCCAAGAGAAGCAGCACGUCAGCUGUAUGGAAUUAUUUUGGAUUUAAAAGGGAAGAUGCUGCGCAACGUCAGGUAUUUUGCAAAACGUGCCUUGCUGCGGUGGCUACCUCACGAGGUAACACCACGAACCUGUUCCAGCAUUUAAAAAAACACCACAAAGCCACGUAUGAUAGUUGCAUGGCUAGAAUGCCAACGACCAGUGCUUCACCUAAGCCAAGUACCAGCCGACAGGGAUCACUGACCGACCUGUUCGAGAGUAUUACUCCUUACGAGCAUAACUCGAAGCGGCACGCAGAAAUAACUCUGGCAAUAACGGAGUUCAUAGCCAAGGACAUGAUGCCCAUUCGUGUAGUGACCACACCUGGGUUUAUUGAUUUGGUACGCACACUGGAUAAGCGGUACCGAAUGCCGUCACGCACACAUUUUAGCCAGGUAGCCAUACCUGCGCUAUAUAAAAAAUGCAGACAGAGAGUUGCAGCGGAGCUGAAAACAGUGGAGUUUUUUGCAACGACCACUGAUCUUUGGUCAAGCCGCACAACUGAGCCAUACCAAAGUCUAACGGUGCAUUUUAUCGACCAAGACUUAAAACUCAAGGCUCGCUGUCUUCAAGUGUCCUACUUCCCGGACGACCACACGGGAGAAAACAUUGCAGCCGGCCUGAGAGAGGGUCUCGCCGGCUGGGAUCUACCGGAAGAAAACCACGUCUGCAUAACGACGGACAACGCAGCUAAUAUGGUGCUGGCAGCACAGCUGAACGACUGGACCAGACUGCAGUGUUUUGGGCACAGAUUACAUCUUGCCAUCGGACAUGCACUCAAAGAUGACAGAGUCUCAAGAGCAGUAGGGCUGUGCAAGAAGGUGGUGGGGCACUUCUCCCACAGUUGGAAGAAGAAGGCAGCAAUGAGUGAAGCACAGAGGGAGCUCAAACUUCCUGAGCACAGUCUUAUUACUGAAUGCCCAACAAGAUGGGGAUCCAAGGAAAUGAUGAUUGCCAGGGUGCUAGAGCAGCUCAAAGCCAUUUCGCAGGUGUUGUCCGGUGACCGAUACGCACGCUCCCUCAUCCCAACCUGGCAGGAUAUUGACGUGUUGGAGUCUAUUCACAAGGCACUGCAUCCUCUCCUGGACUUUACAGAUGCUCUCUCAGGAGAGGAGUAUGUGAGCAUCUCCUACCUCAAACCAGUUCUUCACCUUCUAGCCACAUCAAUCCUGGCUGAAGAUCAAGAGGACACUGACCUGACUAGGUCAAUCAAAAAUAAGGUCCUGGCAUACCUCAAUGAAAAGUACAAGGACCCCAUCAUCCAGGAGCUUUUGGAUGUUGCAUCCUUCCUGGAUCCCAGGUUUAAAACCCGGUACAUCACUGCGGACAACAUUCCCACCGUUAAGACCCGACUCAAGGCUGAAAUGUUGGAAUCAGCAAGGCGUGCAUAUAACCAGGAGAAGAGGUCUCGAACCGAAAGCACUCAAAGUGCACAGCCCUCUGGCGAGAAGGUGAAGAAGUCUCUUGGCAGCUUCUUCAAGACUGCUGUGGCCUCUUCUGCUUCUCCCGUGCAACCUGAAGAUGUCGCUGAGGCAGAGUUAAAUAGUUACCUCAUGACCCCUGCCAUUGAUGGAGAAGAUGACCCCUUGGCCUGGUGGAAGGUGCACAAGAUCAACUUUCCACGACUGUGCAAUAUGGCCCGCAAGUACCUCUGUGUCCCUGCCACAAGUGCUCCUUCAGAGCGUCUUUUCAGUGCUGGAGGGAAUAUCGUUACUUGCACUCGCUCAUCUUUAAAACCAGCAAAAGUUGACAUGCUGGUUUUCCUGGCAAAAAAUCUGUGAUCUCCUGAGAGCCAUACAGAAGAAUUUGCACUUUAAUAUGUUGUGUGCUGCUGUUACUGAGUGAAUAUAUUUUCAUUGAAUGUUCAGGAAGGUUUUUUUUUUCCUCCUUAAAAUUUAAUAGUAACAUACACUAGUUUGUUUUGUGUUCAUCGGGAGUUAAUGCCCAGUUGGUUAAAGCAGAUAUUUGUUGUUUUUACUUUUCCUGCACUGAAGUGUGUGUGAUGUUACUGACUGGAGAUCGGUAGCUUUAUUUUUUAUAUCUGUGUAUUUUAUUUAUUUAUUUAUAGACUGUCCUGCUAAGUUAGACAGUGUUUAAGAAGUGCAAUCCACAUGUUUACAUAUGUUUUGUGAAAUGUGAAGUUAGACAUGUUAAAGAGGUAAAGCCACAGUUUUGUUUUCUUGUUAUCUGUGCUUUAAAUAAAUCUGAUAUUGUUUAUUAUGAAACAGAUUGAUUUAUUGCUUGUGUAGUUGAAAAAUACAUGAGAAACAGGACCUUGAAAAAAUAAUCGCAUCUUAAAUCGCAAUCGCAAUAUUGAGGAAAAAAAUCGCAAUUAGAUUAUUUUCAAAAAUCGUUCAGC